GAUGUCACUGUCCCUGAAUCUGGGAACACCGAUUAUGAUUCUGAGGAUGACCUUGAGACUGCAGCUGGAGUGCUGGGGAGCAGAGCUGUGUCACAUGAUAGCAUCUUCAUUCCAGAGAUAGUACAAGAGACUACCCGACCAGUGCGUGUUUUCUCACAGGAGAAUGUGUCUGACCAUAUCAAAGCUUUGCAGUUAAAGCUUCAAUCCAAUAUAAAAAUUGGACCACCCCCUUUUGGCUUUUUGAGUAAACGGACUGAAGAUCCUGGAACCAGUUCCGAAGAUGAUGGAUUACCAAGAAGCCCUCCUGAAAUGUCUCUUGUACAUGAGUCCAUCAAAACUAGGUUUUCUGACAUUCAUAGACAUCACAGUUCUCUGAGCUUAGGUGGAACGGGCAGCGAAGAAGAUGAACAGAUUUCAUCUGAAACAUCUUCAAGGCCGCUUUCUCCA